CGGCGGAAAUGGCGGAAACCAGUGGGCUGUGCAGAGCUUGUUACGGCCGGCAGGGCAGCCAUAUCAUACUGGCAGGAACCGCGAGUGGCCGACUUCUCUCCCACACGCGGCGUUCAGUACGCAGCUGAAAAGUUACGCUGCUCCGUUUCACCGUACCGAUUGAGGCCCCCCAUCUGGACAUUCACAUAUGACAUCCAACAUCCUGGCAGACGACCUUCCCUGGCCCGAACUAGGGAACGUCUCACGUGGGGCUACUAGAGGCAAUCAAGGCCAGAAAGGUGUUCUCGGCGCACCUGAUCCAGAGGGCCGCUGCGUUCUGCAGUUGCGAGUGCAGCCUGGCGUUCUGGCAGUCCGUCUUAAUCGGCAAGCAAGCGACUGGUAUCGCAUGCUCGACGGGGAAGUCACUCGUGCGCUCAAGCUAACGAAGACCUACUGGAGGAAAGCGAGGAGACGCCAAGACUACGACUCCCGCGCUGAUCAGGACCACAUGGAGCUGCACGAGUGGCUGCAGCAACUGAAGGAUAAAGUCAUGUCGCAUCUCGAACUGCUCAUGCAGAAAGGCGAGAUCCAAGGACCACCGUACGUCAUGCCCGACAACGUGGAACUGACAUUCCUACGGAAAUUCAUCGAGCGACAAGCUGCUGGCAUUCCGCACAACCCUCGACUACGGCGGACCUUCCUGCACACCAGCACAGGAGAGCAAGAACACCCAGCAAUGCGUCUGCAACAUCCCAGCACGUCGUCGGCGAUCGCAUCUGGCUCAGGUUGGCAAGCAGCGGAUGACGAAGGUGCGUAGGCCCUCUGCUCAAGCUAGAUUCGUUCCAUGACACGGUGUAGAAGAGCAAGAUGAUGAAGGCGGUGCUUCUCCAGGCUCCGGCGCGACAGACGACGUCCAAACCGUCAUGAACGAUCUCGAAGUAGCCCGAAACCAUUUGGGGAAUGCGCGCGC